GUGGCAGUUCAAGGGGACCCCCAUGCACUCGCAACAAAGACGCCGCCUGUGUCGGACUUUAAAAGAUGCUAACUUUCGUGAUCGCAAUGGCCGCCUUAGCCUUCACGGCCCUGGGUAGACCCCCCGCUUUCAAUUACCUGGAAGACCCAUACGCCGCGGAUAACGAGUCCCGGGAGGUCCGCUCCGCCGCCAUUAAGAGGCUCCUGGAGGUGUUCGGCAUGGAGGACCCACCCGCCAUCCACAGGAGUAAGCAGCCCCCACAGUACAUGCUGGAUUUGUACAACACGGUGGCGGACGUGGACGGCGUGACCAAGGACCCCUACCUGCUGGAAGGCAACACCGUGAGGAGCUUCUUUGACAAACUGCGCACCGAGCAGGUGGAGUUCCGCUUCAAUCUGUCCACCGUGGCAAGAACGGAGAAGAUCCUGACAGCAGAGCUCCAUCUUUUCAAGCUGCGCCCUCAGGCCACGCUGAUGUUCAACAGGCACCACUUCUGCCAGGUUAGCGUGUACCAGCUUCUGGAUACCAGCAAAGGCAAUAAAACACAUGAGAGGAAGCUGAUGUCUUCUCGACUCAUCCCGGUUCACUCUACUGGUUGGGAGGUCUUCACUAUCACUCAAGCUGUCCGUUCUUGGAUGACGGACGAGGGAAGCAACCUGGGGCUCCACGUGGUGGUGCGGACUCUGGGCGGGAGCCAGAUGGACCUGAAGCUGAUACGCUUCGCUUCAGGACGCAACCACCACCAGAGUAAGCAGCCUAUGCUGGUGCUGUUCACCGACGAUGGACGUCGCUCUGCUGCACUGGAGAACGCAGAUCCAGACGGUAUCGACGUAACUUCCAGCUUGCCUCAAGCCUCCAUGUCCGCUCGCUCCUCCCGCCUCGCCCGCUCUGUGGACCACCUAGAAGACGAAGGUGUCUCCAUGCCCUGCCAGCGCCUGCCGCUCUACGUGGACUUCGAGGAGAUCGGUUGGUCGGGCUGGAUCGUUUCACCACGGGGCUACAACGCCUACCACUGCAAGGGCUCCUGCCCCUUCCCGCUGGGCCAGAACAUGCGACCCACCAACCACGCCACCGUGCAAUCCAUCAUCAACGCCCUCAAGCUCAUCAAGGGCAUCGAGACGCCAUGCUGCGUGGCCGACAAGCUCUUUUCCAUCAACCUGCUCUACUUCGAUGAUGACGAGAACGUGGUGCUCAAGCAGUAUAACGACAUGGUGGCUGGGAGCUGCGGCUGCCACUGAAGAACUGACAAGUGCUGUGGCAUUGUAAUAUAUGUAAAUAGCCAUAAAUAUAAUAAUAUAUGACGGCGGUGGGAGUGCUAAUCCUGUGAAAGAUGUAAAUGUGCAUAUUUUUCUGUUGCAAAUGGGUAUAAGCUAGAAAUAAAUUGUGAACAUUG